CCUUGAAGACAACAAAGCAAGCUGAGGACAGACAGAACAAAAGUUAAGAAUAAAGUUUCAUCAUGAAGGACCUCAAGGAGAAGAAGGUGUUUGUCUACUAUACUGGUGGCACCAUAGGAAUGGUUCCAGGCCCUGGUGGGAAACUGAUCCCAGGGAGACGAGGUGACUUCACAAAUGAGAUUCGCAGACACCCUGAGCUGUAUGAAGCCGAGAAAGAUGGCUGGUUUGUGCUGCCUGAGAAGGCAACAGAUGAUUGUCCUGGAAACAUCCGAGUACUUUACCACAUUGAGGAGGUCCUGAAGCCUAUUGACUCCACUAAGAUGUUGCCUCAGAACUGGAGUGACAUUGCCAAAAAAAUCCUGGCAGAGGAUGAACCUAAAGAAUAUGAUGGGUUUAUCAUCCUACAUGGAACAGACACAAUGGCCUACACCUCUUCAGCCCUGUCUUUCCUUCUGCAUGGAAAAAUUAGGAAACCGGUUGUACUGACAGGAGCACAGAGGACACUCUUUGAGCCACGCAGCGAUGCAGUGGACAACAUGCUGGGAUCUCUGCUCAUUGCUGGCUGCUAUGCAGACUAUGCACCGCUCCAACAGGUAUCUCUGUUUUUUGACAACAAAUUAUUCCAAGGAAACAGAGUGACAAAAUUUGACAGCAAUUCAUUUGAAGCAUUCACCAGCCCAAAAUUCAAACCCCUGGUUGAAAUGGGAGUUGAUAUUACAGUGAACUGCCAGUGUGUACCUGUAACGCAGUGUGAAAAUUUCCUGGACUGUUUCACUCCUUUCCUCCCCCUGAGUAACUCAAACUCAGAUGUUCGCCUAAUAUUCCUCUAUCCGGGGAUACAGGAGGAAUUUGUGCGCAGUGCCUUAAGGGGAGCAGGGGGUGUGGCUCUGGCUUCUUUUGGGGCUGGAAAUGUCCCUGAUUUUGAUUGGCUUAAAUCUGCCAUGAUUGAAGCCAAGGAAAGAGAAGUGCUGUUCCUAAACUGCUGCCAGGUUUUCAAAGGGGUGGUGGAGGCUAUCUACGACGUGUCAUCGUGGCUGGUGGAAGCAGGUGUGGUGUCAGGCCAUGACAUCACCAUAGAAUCAGCGCUGACUAAACUGAUCUGGGUUCUACAGAUUCCUAAUAUCCCUUACAAACUGAGGAGGGAGAUUCUGGAGAAAAGUGUCUGUGGCGAGAUGACUUUACCAGAGGAAAGGGAUGAGGGAAGCUUGGAAUGAUGUGCCACAGAUGAGAUGUCCUUUUGCACUGUAAUGUAAUGUGAAGACUUCAUGGAUAAUCAGCAGGCGCAUAGGCCCAGAUUCAUUAUGCUGAUUUCAGUAAAGUAUAUAAGACUUCAAAUGUUAAGCAGCUUUAGGGAAGAAGAGAAAAAUAUAUUUACUCUGCUUUUGCUUCUGCAAAGACCAUGAUUUUCUCAUAUUAAAAAAUAAAUCUGUUCAUGUGUAUUAUUCAGAAGUGUUGCCAUAUUGCUAGUAGGACAUGAUCUCUGCAGCAAACAAGGACAGUAAAAAAAGGGAGUUCAGCACAAAAUGGAGUUUUAAAAGCACCAAACUUUAGCCCUUUAUAUGGUAGAGAUCAAAUCAAGCAAAAUGAAGUCAGAAAUGGUAUAUAGGAUAAGUGGUUGGUGUUAGAAGUGCUGGGAGACAUUGGGGCUCAGUUUGCGACCCUCUCUCUUCCCUUCCCCCUUGGAUAUUAUGUCUCCAUAACAUUCUCUUACUAAAGGGUGAAUAAGUUUGGGCUGUUGUCAGAAGGGUGUGUCAAGCUCAGCUAUGCUUUGAAAGCAGACUGGAACUUGGCAAGUGCAAAAAUAUCUGUAGCUGUCCAAAGAACAUAAUAGCUUAGCAAAUGUACCUUGAUGUAAAUUCUGUUACAGAGAAAUCAUACAGACCGUAGCUGUCAGUACUUUGGCCCCCUAGCUGUUGUUUGGUGUUUCUCCCUGUCUGUCAGUGUCGUCCAUGUGCUUUUGUUU